AUGGGUAAGAACGAUGAUAGCAGAGCUACGAAGGCGUCGUUGGGCAUCAACGGCAAGCUGAAGAGUGAAAAGACAUCAAAGACACAGCGCAAGAACAAAGCGGAAGAGCGUAAGAAGCAGGAAGAUCUUGUGAAUGCGAUGGUGUACGGACCUUUGGUUGAUGAAACGGUGAAUGAAGGCGAGAAGGGACCGAUCACUGACUCCGAUGUCGACGAAACUCUGCCCGCCAAACUAGUGACAGCCGCAACGACAGCUAAAAGCCUAGCGGAUGAGGCAGCUGAGGCACGUUCGAAGCACAAGGAGGCUAAAGAAAAAGCCGAGGAAGCCGCAGCUGGGUUUGUCGCGACAGCAGGAGCCGUCCAUACGGCGGCAAUCGUAAACGGUCUUCAGCAACAGGGGAAGGGAAAUAACGAAGCGCUUGACUCGGAACAAGUGAAACAAAUUUUGAGAGAGCAGGAUGCACUACGCGAGCAGCUCAAGCAGCUAGAUCUCAAGAGACAAGAGAUGGCCGAGCAAACGGAAGCAGGUCGUAGGGCUCUCCAGAUCGCAAAAGCAAAGGCACUCAAAACCCAGAAGCGUGAAACUCCGGUUGACGAUUCGGGGUUGAGAGCACGAGAAGAAGUUAUCAAGGAGGAGGCAGCAACAGCCUUCGCAGCGCAACGGCGUGAGAUCGAUGAGUAUCUCGGGCAAGCGGACGCCAAGCCAACUGGGAGAGCUACCGAUCAAACCUCAGAGAGCUCACAAGAAGGGGCUACAGGCGAAAACCAUGGCGGAGACGACAUGAGUGCAAGCAAUGACGUCGUCAUGGGUACUUCACUGCGACUGGACGAUUUAGAUGAGAAGACUCCACCGAGUUUGCCGAUCACUAGGGAUAUCUUGAACGCGAUAAACGGCUUUACUCUAGAUGGACUCCAUGAACAGGAGCCAAAGUUCUCGGACACUCUUCCGAAACCGAUGGAAGAAACCUUGCGCGAAAAGCCAACUUGCUUGGAGCCGAUACUGGAGUUAAAAUCUGUGAUGAAGGUAGCUCAAGCAAAGUGUGAAGAGGCCAAGAACAUUCGACAAGGCCAGCGAGAUCAAAACGACCACGAGAGGACGUUGGUGAGCGGAUUCUCGGGGCCCGGCAAAAUAGAGUAUUCGGAUGACGUGGAAAAAGAAGCUCAAGUCUGGAAAGAACGUAUUCUAGCGGUCUGUCAAGAAUAUGUGAUGCUGGAAGCUAAGGGAGGAGCCAUGCGUUUGCCCAUCCUUCGACAGAGACUGAAGGAGCUCUAUCCCUUCGAAGAGUGGGUUACGUCGGAAGCUCCUACUCAAAUCAUGAAUCGACUGAUUCGGCAUUUUGCUGAAUCGGGAGAUAUUCAAGUUCGAGACUUGUCUCCAUACGUAUUCUGGGGGCGAGCAGCCGAGCUGCAUGCUGCGGCAGGUCUACUACGAGAACCAAUUUACGUCAUUGAAACCGACGACACAGGACAUAUUCGGGCCCGGCGAUAUUGUUAUCAGAACAAGACCGGUAUUGACGGAAUCUCCAGUGAAAUGGGGUGCGACUUCAACAUGACGAUUCAUGAGCGCAACAAGUUCGUGCAAACAGCGCAAUAA